AUGUCUAUCGAAAGAACUGACGACAAGGAGUCCGGCCUCCCACAUCACGAGACUUCCUCUUCGACUGUUCAAUCUGAGAAGCGCCCUCUGCGCCACACUCUCCGGAAAGAACUUACUGCUUUCAUUGGAGAAUUCAUUGGUACCUUUAUGUUCCUCGCCCUUGCUUUCUGUGGAACUCAAAUAGCCAUCAACUCAACCGCAGUCGCUCCUACACUCGACUCAGACAGCCCUUCAGCACCCAAUGUCAACAAACUGCUCUACAUUGCCUUUGCAUUUGGAUUAUCGCUCGCAAUCAACGUUGCUAUCUUUGCUGAUGUCAGUGGAGGAAAGUUUAAUCCUGCUGUCUCCAUGGCGCUGUUCAUUACUGGAAAGAUUGAUUGGCGUCGCAUGGUUCAUACCAUAAUCUCGCAGAUGAUUGCCGGAAUGGCUGCAUCGGGCUUCAUUGCAGCACUACUUCCCGGGCCGCUGGGUGUCGCCACCACCCUUGACCCAUCCAUCUCGACUGCUCGUGGUCUGUUCCUCGAAGCCUUCGUCACGUCGAUGUUGAUUCUGACUAUCCUAAUGCUCGAGGGCGGCCCGGCAAAACCGAUGCACAUUGGCAUGGCGUUAUUCGUUGCUGAACUUUGCAGCGCCUUCUUCACCGGUGGUAGCUUGAAUCCGGCGCGCAGCUUUGGUCCUUGUGUGGUGGUUGGAUUUCCUACAUACCAUUGGAUCUACUGGCUCGGGCCGCUCCUCGGGUCCGCUGUGGCGAGUGGAGCGUAUUGGCUCAUCAACUUUGUUCAUCCCGAGCGAUCGUUCUAG